GAUAGGUUAAUAGUAGUGAAAGGCUUAGCUUACGGAACUACAAAUCGAACGUAUAAAACAGAUGUCGGCAGCAAAUUCAACGGUAAUAAAACUAAAAGCCUGAAAUAAGUUCCAGCGGGGUUAACACGAUAAAAUCAGCUGGUACUUGUAUACAUAACAAAAACAUCAUGGAUAUUUGGAAGCUACUGGUUAUUUGUAUUUUGAAGAUAAUAGUAUCACUGCGCUUGUCUGCAGCACAGGUGCUAAUGGAAGAACUCAAGGCAUAUAAAAUAGAUGCAUUAACUUUAAAUGGGACAGAACCAUAUACAGAACUCACAAUAGACCAGAUUAUAAUGAGGGCAAGUGGAGGAGAAGGAAUGGCCCAAAAUCUAAUGCUUGGGGACGAUGGUACGGUGCUUGCAGAGCUGGAUAUGAGACUUACUCAGAAUCAGUUCUUUACAUUAUAUGAACAACCUUCAAAUUUAGCUCAAGCACAGGCUCCGCCCAGGGGAAAACGCCGAGCUUUCAGGAAACUGGUCAAAGAGGCUCGAAAAAAAUCGAAGAGAACCAAAAGAAAAGCCAUUCGAGAUACCGUACUCAGAUGGACUGAUGGCGUCAUACCAUACAGAUUUGUGUCCGGACAUUUCCAGGAUAAAGAGAGAUACAUGAUUCGUAGCGCAAUGACUGAAUGGGAAAAGUAUACAUGUCUAAAAUUCCGAGAAAGUCGAAGCUCCGAUAGAAACGUCGUUCGAUUUCAAAAUGGACUGGGAUGUAACUCACAACUGGGUAUGGUAGGCGGAGAACAACCUCUAAAUUUGGACAGAAAUGGAUGCAGAUUUAAAGGCCUGUAUUUACACGAAAUAGGUCAUGCUAUCGGUCUUGUGCACGAGCAUCAACUUCCAGACCGAGAUAACUAUAUAGAGAUCUUAGACUACAAUGUACAGCCGAAUAUGCGAAUCUGGUUCAACAAGUACUCUUCACAGGAAGUUAACCAAAUGCAGGUUCCAUAUGAAUACUCUUCCGUGAUGCACUAUGGUAUUACGGCAUUUUCUCAUGACGGCAAAGCUCAGACAAUUAGGGCUAAACAGACGGACAAGGAGAAGACUAUUGGCAGAGUUUACAAGAAGGAGUUGUCCUUCACAGAUGUGAAAAUUGUUAAUUUGAUGUAUAAAUGUUCAGCACACUGUGAUAAAUCUAUUAUAUGUAAUGGUGGUGGUUACGUGGACCAAAAUUGUAAAUGUAUAUGUCCGGAUGGUUCCGACUCGUGCACAAAGGAUAAAACUCCCGAUGAUCCCACGUGUUUUAACGCGCACGAGAACUGGCAGUGUAAUGUAUGGGCUAACCAAGGAGAAUGUGAUAGAAAUCCGAGGUUUAUGUUGGACGGAUGUAAAAAAGCUUGUCACUUGUGUGGUAACGAUGACGCAGGCGAUGGACCUCAUAUCACGUUGUGGACAUGGCAGUGGCUGUGUAGAUUUGCAAACAUAUGUCCGAAAGAUUGGACAGUAGAUACAUGUAAGGACCAAUACGAGCAAUCUAAAUGUCAGACUUGGAAGUUUAAUGGUGAAUGUAUAGUCAAUAAGAAGUGGAUGCAGAAAUAUUGCAAGGCCACUUGCAAAGCCUGUAAAGAGUCUGGACCCGAUCCUGACGUCGAUUGUUCCAAUGCUCAUACAGACGACAGCGAGUGUGAUAAAUGGGCAACAGAGGGAGAAUGCCAGAUAAACCCCAUAUGGAUGCCUGAAAACUGCCGGAAGUCCUGUCAUAUGUGUGGGGAUGCAGGGAAAAGAACAACAACUACACCGGAACCAACACCUGAACCAGGGAAAUGUGAAGACAUCCACAAUUCCGUGGAAUGUAAAGGCUGGGCGGAUACCGGAGAAUGUGACCUCAAUCCUGAUUGGAUGAUUCCAAAUUGUCGUAGAUCAUGUAAGAAGUGCGGUGACGGCGGACAAGUUGAAUGUAAAAACACAUGGAAUGACAGACAGUGCGAAGGUUGGGCACGCGAUGCGGAAUGUAUGAAGAACAGUAACUGGAUGCACAAGAAUUGUUACAAAUCGUGCUCCAAAUGUUCACCAGACGACAGCAGCACUAAGGGCAAGACAGAAAUGACAACAAGGGCAACUACUGCCAGGAAAGAUUCAGGAUCCUGUACGAAUAACCAUAGAAGUGACAAAGAAUGCGAAACGUGGGCAAAAUAUGGUCAUUGUAAAAUUAACCAGUGGAUGACGAUUCAUUGUGCAAAAUCUUGUGGAGAAUGCACAGCUGAGGAAGCCACGACGUCACCGCCAGACACGAAAGACAAGAAAGAACCAACUGUUUGUAAAGAUGAUAAACUACAUUGUCCCGCAUGGGCACAGAACGGGUUUUGCGAGGAUAAUCCUGCAACAGCUCUUAGAAUAUGUAAAAAGUCGUGCAAUUCAUGUAAUAGUAGCAGCAAUGAAUGUUUUGAUAAACACCAGUUAUGUCCUGUGUGGGCCAGAGGAAAUCAGUGUCAACGUAAUGGAGGAUACAUGUUGAGGAACUGUCGAAGAUCUUGCGAGGUCUGUUGAUAGUUAUAUCCAUUAGACAUGGAAAUCUGCCUACGGGUGAAGUUAAAAGUGACUCUAUGCACGUGAUUUGGUGGCUUAAACCACGUGAUCUGGUUUGAGCAUCACUAUGUAUAUACUUGUCACUUUUCUUGUUAAUAAAAAAUAAAACGUUGAUAUUUUGUGAUAAAACUUAAAAUGUCAGUUCUUUUACUGACUUAAACCAUGUGAUUUUUAGCUCACCUGAACAAUGCAUGCUCAGGUGAGUUUUUUUGAUCGCUCUAUGUCCGGCGUCUGUCUGUCGUCUGGCGUUUGUUUGUCUGUCAACAUUUAGCUUGUGUAUGCGAUAGAGUCUGUAUUUUUCAACUGAUCUUCAUAAAAUUUUGUCAGAAUGAUUAUCUUGAUGAAAUCUAGUCCAAGUUUGAAAAUGAUUUACCUGGGGUCAAAAACUAGGUCACUAGGUCAAAUCAAAGAAAAACCUUGUGUAUACGAUAGAGGCUGUAUUUUUCAAUUGAUCUUCAUGAAUUUAAGUCAGAAUGAUUAUCUUGAUAAAAUCUAGGCCAAAUUUGAAAAUGGAUUAUUUGGUGUCAAAAACUAGGUCACUAGGUCAGAUCAAAGAAAAAUCUUGUGUAUGCUAUAGAGGCUGUAUUUUCAACUGAACUUCAUGAAAUUUUGUCAGAAUGAUUGCCUUGAUAAAAUCUAGGCCAAGUUUGAAAAUUGGUUAUCUAGUGUCAAAAAGUAGGUCAAAUCAAAGAAAAACCUUGUGUAUGCGAUAGAAGCUGUAUUUUUCAAUUGAUCUUCAUGAUUUUUGGUCAGAAUGAUUGCCUUGAUGAAAUCUAGCUGAAGGUUGAAUACGGUCAUCUGGGGUCAAAAACUAGGUCACUAGUUCAAAUCAAAAUAAAAUCUUGUGUAUGCGAUAGAGGCUGUAUUUUUCAACUGAUCUUCAUGAAACUUUGUCAGAAUGAUAGCCUUGAUAAAAUCUAGGAAAAUUUCGAAAAUGGGUAAUCCGCGGUCAAAAACUAGGUAACUAGGUCAAAGCAAGGAAAAACCUUGUGUAUGCAAUAGGGGCUGAUUUUACACUGGAUUUUCAUGAAGUUUAGUCAGAAUGGUUGCCUUGAUGAAAUCUAGGUCAAGAUCGAAUAUGGGUAAUCUGUGGUCAAAAACUAGGUCACUAGGUCAAAUCAAAGAAAAACCUUGUGUAUGCAGUAGAGGCUGUGUUUUUCAAUUGAUCUUCAUGAAAUGUGGUCAGAAUGAUAGCCUUGAUUAAAUCUAGGUCAAGUUCGAAUAUGGGUCAUCUGGGGUCAAAAACUAGAUCACUAGGUCAAAUCAAAGAAAAUACUUGUUUACACUCAAGAUUUUUGCUUUAAUUUUAAUAAAACUUGGUCAGAAUAUUUGUUUCCAUAAAAUCACUAGGUCAAACAUGUUUACACUAUUAUGGUGUGUUCCUCAGGUGAGCGACAUAGGGCCAUCUUGCUCUCUUGUUUUACUUAAACCACGUAACUUUGAUCUUAUUCACAUGAUCUGGUGACUUGAACCACGUGAUCUGGUUUGAAUAUCAUUAAAACUAUAUAUGAACCGCACCAUGAGAAAACCAACAUUGUGCGUUUGCGACCAGCAUGGAUAUAGACCAGCUUGCGCAUCUGUGCAGUCUGGUCAGGACCCAUGCUGUUCGCUUUCAAAGCCUAUUGCAAUUAGGGAAACUGUUAGCGUACAGCAUGAAUCCUGACCAGACUGCGCGGAUGCGUAGGCUGGUCUGGAUCCAUGCUGGUCGCAAACGCACUAUGUUGGUUUUCUCAUGGCGCGGCUCAUAUAUUAUUUAUAUAUAUAUAUCGUACAGAACAAUUAGUUUCAUUUCUAAUCAAUUAAAAAUGUAAUGGUAAUUGGUGAUAAGACUUAAAAUGCUAGUUCUUAAACAAAAAUGUUUCUUUAUUCUUUUGUUAAAUCUUUGCUGGAAUUAUUAAAUAUAUAAGGUGUUUGUUGACGAUAUGUAUAUGUUACUGAGAGAGAGUUUUGCGCAGACUUUGCAUAAUAAUGUUGUUGUUUGUUUAAGUGACUGUUGUUACUGAAAUGUGUGUAAGCAUCUUAAAAAUAAUUUGGCAGAUUAAUGUUAAAUUUAAAAAAAGGACGUUUAUUUUUGAUGAACGUUCUUCGGUGAUAUUCUUUAUAUUCCACUUGAAUGAAAUAAACAAAUAUUCUUUUUUUGCAAACGUUCACUACUAGUAUCAUGCGAUUUUGUAUACCUAUAAUUUUAUAAAAUUGAGUUCGGACACGAGUUCCAAAUCUCUGACAUCUGACUGGCUGUUUCUAGGGCUCACCCUUAAAAUUGACCAAUGGCAUGGUUGCAUUCAUCAGCAGGUCUCCAACUGUUGUCUAAGACCUAUUACUUCAAGUAAGUGUUUAUGCAAAAUCCAAUUACAACUUUAAUUUUUUUUCUGGUGCAUAUAGUGGAAGAAUUGCAUAGUGAGACAAACCAUUAGUUUGUCCAUUUUCUCAUUUUUGUAAGUAUUUGUAAGAAAAUUGCAAAGUCAUUGUGUAAAUUAAGGACGAGGCUGCUGUGCGGCCGAAAUUUCAUCAUUCAGUAUUAUUAUGUAUUUUUUCAACUAUAAAUCUUCGAAAAAACCUGCCCUGACUUUCAAAACUGGAUUUUUUUAUGAUUUCAGCAACAUUAAAUUCACGAUUUGAAAAGAAAUGUUUGUCUUACUGGCUCAUUUUGUUUAACAUAUUCUCGCAUACCAGAGGUUACAUGAUUUCUUAGAUGAACGUUCUCUCCGGAGUUUGGUGAACCUCUGAUGGAUAGGAAUAGUUUUUACAGAAGGAACUAUUUGAAAAAAAUACUUGGUUAAAAGAUUAAUCUCUAUAAGCUGUUAUAAAUCAAGAUCGUUGUUUUCUUUUUUAAAAUAUUUUCAGUGAAUUAAUGAAAUAUGUCUGAUAAUUCCACAGUGAAAAAUAUAAAAUAUAGAAUAUUGAUACUACAAAAAUGGAUGCAAUUUGGUUAAAAUGAUUGAAAACAAAUGACAUUAAAGAAAAUUUGUUUGAUAAUUUGUAAGAUAAAAUAUCUUUCUAUCGUGACCACCAUAUAUUACAGUUUCACUCGUGGCCACAGCAUUCGUGAAAAUACACCAUCUGUUGUUCACUCACAAACACAUAUCCUUGAAAUAGUGAGAGUAGAUUAUGGUCAUUGCAAAAAUAACAGUUUGAAAAGUCGGUCUGAAAUAUGUUUUAUUUUCUACACUGACCAAACAAAUAUUUUGUAUAUUAUACAAAUGAGAAAUGAAUAAAUAUAACUCUAUCCUAUG